AUGUUCUCGGCUCCAGGCAACAAUUCUUUGGCUCUUGUAGCCCCACGACCAGGGAUGGAGUUGGCUAAUGUUCAACAUCCAAAUCAGGCUCCGGGGCCUGGAGGCAAACAGCGCACAUCCAGCCUGGAGGCACCGAUAAUGCUACUUACAGGUCACCAGAGUGCUAUCUACUGCAUGAAGUUCAAUCCUGCGGGAACUGUGAUAGCAUCAGGUUCCCAUGACAGGGAUAUCUUCUUAUGGUAUGUCCAUGGUGAAUGUAAGAACUUCAUGGUACUGAGAGGGCACAAGAAUGCUAUUCUUGACCUUCAGUGGACUACUGAUGGGACCCAGAUCAUCUCUGCAAGUCCUGACAAGACUCUGAGGGUCUGGGACGUUGAGACUGGCAAACAAGUUAAGAAGAUGACUGAGCACUCAUCAUUCGUCAACUCAUGCUGCCCAGCACGGAAGUGGCCACCUCUUGUGGUUAGCGGUUCAGAUGAUGGUACAGCAAAGCUGUGGGACUUGCGUCAGAGAGGUGCGAUACAAACUCUUCCUGACAAAUAUCAGAUCACAGCCGUUAGCUUCUCAGAGGCAGCAGAUAAGGUAUUCACUGGUGGCCUGGACAACGACGUCAAGUGGUGGGAUCUUCGCAAGAAUGAAGUGACAGAAUAUCUCAAAGGACAUCAGGACAUGAUCACUGGGAUGCAGCUUAGUCCUGAUGGGUCUUACCUCCUCACCAAUGCAAUGGAUAACGAGCUCAAGAUCUGGGAUCUGCGCCCUUACGCACCAGAGAACAGGAACAUCAAGACUCUUACAGGUCACCAGCAUAACUUUGAGAAGAACCUGCUGAAGUGUAGCUGGUCGCCGGAUAACCGCAAGGUCACUGCUGGGAGCGCAGACCGCAUGGUCUACAUCUGGGACACAACAUCAAGGCGCAUCCUGUACAAGCUUCCUGGGCACAAUGGUUCUGUCAAUGAGACUGCUUUCCAUCCCACUGAGCCGAUCAUUGGAUCUUGCAGCAGCGACAAGCAGAUCUAUCUUGGGGAACUUUAA